AUGCGGAGCCAGGACAGGAAGGAGAGUCUGGCCGAGUCCAGGGACCUGGACGGCUCCUACGACCAGCUGACGGGCAACCCGCCCGGCCAAACCAAAAAAGCCCUGAAGCAGCGACUCCUCAAACUGCUGCCCUGCUGCGGGCCCCAAUCCAUCCCCUCAGUCAGCGAAAACAGCGCGGAGGACGAGUUCGAACUCUCCACCGUCUGCCAUCGCCCCGAGGGGCUGGAGCAGCUGCAGGAACAGACCAAGUUCAGCCGCAAGGAGCUGCAGGUCCUGUACCGGGGCUUCAAGAACGAGUGCCCGACUGGCCUCGUUAACGAAGAGAACUUCAAACAGAUCUACUCCCAGUUCUUCCCGCAGGGAGACUCUGGCACGUACGCCGCUUUCCUCUUCAACGCAUUCGACACCGACCAUGACGGCUCUAUCAGCUUCGAGGACUUCGUGGCCGGUUUGUCCGUGAUUCUCCGAGGCACCACAGACGACCGGCUCAGCUGGGCCUUCAACCUCUAUGACCUGAACAAAGACGGCUGCAUCACCAAAGAGGAAAUGCUGGACAUCAUGAAAUCUAUCUACGACAUGAUGGGCAAAUACACGUAUCCGGCCAUGCGUGAGGAGGCCCCCCGGGAGCACGUGGAGAACUUUUUCCAGAAGAUGGACCGGAAUAAGGACGGGGUGGUCACAAUCGAGGAGUUCAUCGAGUCGUGUCAGAAGGACGAGAACAUCAUGAGAUCCAUGCAGCUCUUCGACAACGUAAUCUAG